AUGCGAUACUCGUUGGGCCUGCUGGCCCUGUCGGCGGCCACCGCUUCUGCAUCCUUUGCAGGGAAUCUCAACUAUCGCAGCCCCUCAGCCAACCAUCCUAGCUUGGGGGUCUCUGUUCCCAAAGUUGAAAAGAGGUCUGAGCCUGGAUCUGCCUUUGAUCCGGCGCAAUUGAACUUCACCCAUGGUGUGGCAUCGGGAGACCCAUAUGCUACCUCCGUCAUCCUAUGGACGCGCUGCUCCCCGAUGUUUGAUGACGUGAACGAUAAUAGCACCGUCUCCGGUCUAGUGCCGAUGUACAACCCCGUUCCCAUCUAUAAGGAUACGGAUGAGCAUCGGCCUAUAUCAAAUGCGCCCGUAUGCCUCCGCUUCAAGGUUGCUACCGACGAUAAGCUGAAACGCGUUGCGGAUGAAGGGACGGUUUAUACCAGCUCUGAUGUCGAUUACACCGUGGAAGCAACGAAACUGAAGCCUUUCACCACUUAUUACUACCAAUUCUCUGUCUGUGGAUCCAACAAGAAAAGCCCCAUCGGGCGCACCAAAACAGCCCCAAAGGCAUCUCGUUCGGUCGACCGCAUCAACCUGGCGGUGUUUUCCUGCAGCAACUAUCCAUUCGGUUUCUUCAAUGCCUAUGGUAACGUGGCACGGAAGGACUCUGUGGAUUACGUCCUUCACCUUGGAGAUUACAUCUAUGAGUAUGCUGACGGCGAAUACGGCUCCGGCAAGGAUAUUGGACGAUUGUCUCUACCAGAUCGCACCAUAUACACUCUCUAUGAUUACAGAAAGCGACUUGCAACUUAUAGGACCGAUCUUGAUCUCCAAGCCAAUCAUCAAAACUUUGCCUGGAUCCCGGUGUGGGAUGACCACGAAGUUGCAGACAACUCCUAUCGCGAUGGCUCAUCCGAAUUGAAUAAUACGGAGGCAUCGUUUAUUAGCAGCGGCGGCAUCUCGGUGGAUCAACGGAAAAUGAACGCAGUUCGUGCGUAUUUUGAAUGGAUGCCAAUCAGACAGGUUGAUAUGGACGACAACCUUCGUAUUUGGAGGAAUUUCCAGCUUGGCUCUCUUGUGGACGUUAUUAUGCUCGAUACCAGGAACUAUGAUCGAUCGAUUACCAACCUGUAUUGGAAUAAAGACUAUGUCGACCAAUUGCAGAACGAACCCAAUCGCAGCUUGAUGGGCUCCAAGCAAGAGAACUGGCUCUACCGCAAUCUAAUCCAAUCCGCUAAACGAGGAGCUAAAUGGCGUAUUAUUGGAAGCCAAAUAGUCUUCUCAUCUAUCGAUGAAUCUGCUGCAUUCGGCGAUAAUCGGGCCUUCAAUCUGGAUGCUUGGAACGGCUACCAGGCCAAUCGAAACCGCACCUUCAAGACUCUAUUUGAUAACAAAAUCGACAAUAACAUUUUAAUUGCAGGAGACAGCCACGCGAACUGGGUGAGCGACUUGGUCUGGCUGGGUCAGAAGGAAUACGACCCUGCCACUGGAGCCGGGGCAAUUGGCGUCGAAUUUGGAGGAAGCGCAGUGACAUCCUCAUCCCCAGCGGGACGCAAUAUCGACAUCAAGGAUUCCAUCAACGCCUCGAAAGCACUUGUGACAACUAACCCAGUUCUCCAGUGGUCGGAGCUAUAUUAUCGUGGAUACUUCGAACUUCAUAUCACUCCAAAGGAGGUUGAUGCUCGCUUUUUUGGUACUCCUAAGCUGCGAGUUCGUAACCCUGGUGAGAUUUCUCUGGCCAAUUUCACGGUUAAGAGUGGUGCGAACCGUCUAGAUCGUGGUCCUGUGGGAGUUCCUGCUGGAGGUAUUGUGGAGAAUGGCUGGCUCAAGGGUGGGAAGGUCGUCCAGACGAAUGUCACCAAUAGCACUGACACAGGUCGGUGGUAUAUUAGCAAUUAGAAAGUCUUGUAAGUAUCCAACUGUUGUAUAUAUACGUGAUUGCGAAUAGGGAGUACCUGUUAUGGCUACAUUACGAUUUGUCCCUUC